AUGCCGAAAAAAUCCAAACGAGCAAGACGGACACUAGCACAGCUAGAAGAGAUUAUCGCAAGUUCUAAAUCUCAAAGAGAACUAAAUAAAAUUGCUUUUAAAGAGCAAGAAGGGAUGAUUGAGCUUCACAAGGAGACUCGGGAAGUUCAACGUAUAAUCAAAGGCCUAUUGGAGCAUAAGGAAUUCGAUGAUGUUAAGACUACAUUGACUAUUCGUGAACUUUUAAAGCUUCCAGUGGUUGUGAAGAGUGGACACAUUAAGAGGCCUCCAAAUAAUUUUAUUCUCCAACGGAUGGAUGUUGCUUGUGAAUUUCGUAAUGUGAAAGCACAAUUAUCUGUUCAUGAAAUUACUUUAAUUGUAAAGGAAAGAAGGAAGAAUCCCAAUGAAGUUGAAAGUAAAUUUUGGGAAAAGUUAGCAUUAGUGACUAAACAGUUACAUGAACAUAAUUAUCCGUCUUACAAGUAUUCUCCGAAAAGAAAAUCCCAAAUAAUUGUUCCAAGCCAACCUCUUCAUCCUUUCGCCGCCGAUUAUACCCCAAUGUAUACGCAGACACCAACAAACCUUUUAUUCCGAAAUAACGUUACCAUCGGCAUGAACUCUUCAUACUCUGACAUCAGAUACACCAUUUGA